ACAGUUAUCCAUCCAGCCCAUCGCCUCCUGGCUCCCCGCGAUCGAUAUCCUCCCAUAUAUAGACCAACACGUUAGCUUUUGCCUGUGGCGAUGGCUUAUUGCAGUUCGUUGCUUGCUGCCUGCUAAUUUAUGUAUAGGCUAGGCGUCAUGGGCGAGCUCCAUGGAGGAGGAUCUCAUUCUCAAGGAGAAGAAGAUGUCUUCGUUAGCGGCGGAGAAGACUCGUCGACCAUGUCGAGCCUGACCGUUGACGACGCGCAGUCCUCUCCGGCGGCGGGUGACUGUACGUGGUCUUCGUCGGCGUCGACAGAGGACACGAUGAAGCUGGAUGGGGAUGGCGGCGGGCCGCUCUAUGAACUGUCGCCGCUCCUGGCGCACCUUCCUGUUAGGACAGGGCUGUCCAAGUACUACAAAGGGAAGUCCCAGUCUUUCAGAUCGCUUUCUGAUGUCAAAUGCUUACAAGAUCUCGCAAAGAAGACCAGUUCUCACUUCAGCAGAAAUAAGGCAAGAUGUUCGUUGAUUCUACAUGACGUUCGAGGACCUUGCAGCAAGAUGAUAGCGAAGAAGACGGCCCCGAGGAGUUCAUCCGAUCAGCUGCUGUCAAUGGCAAGGAGCAGGGAUCUCUUGCAUAGAAGCGGUAAACCCACCUGCGUACCAGAGAAAGAAAGAUCUGUGCAGCAGUACAUACGCUAGCUAAAUGCACAAUGUUUUGCAAAAUGAGAUGAGAUUUACCGGAGAUGCUCGCACACAGCUAGAAUUCUCCCAGGUUCCAUGUCUUCGUUUGUCACAAGAGCUUUCUGCAAAUGAAAUUUUCAGAGCAAAGUUUUGCUUACUUA